GUGGAAGGAGGCUGCACAGUGUUUCAUUGGAGUCUCCGGGAGUUUUUCUCUGAGGCAGGGGUCAGCUGAAAGACAAAGAAAAAUGGCGAAUAGUUUGUUGGAAGGGCAGCUGUUCGGUUUUGCACUGCAGUGGACAUUCCAGAGACCUUUUCCUGCGUCCCCUGCUGCCUUUGUUUCCUCCUCCACCUACUCUGUUUUUUGUGGAGAAUGGCUAGGAAUGACUUAAUUAGCUCUGUCAGAGGAGGCAUAAUUAACUGCAUUAAAAUUAACACAAUCCUUGUUACCAUCAUGUCCACAGAUGGCGGCUUCAGUGCAGGGGGCAACAGUGACGCCCAGCAAUGCCUUCAGUCUUUCUGGCCGCGGGUGAUGGAAGAGAUUCGGAACCUAACCGUGAAAGACUUCAGGGUCCAGGAGCUUCCUUUGGCACGCAUUAAGAAGAUCAUGAAACUCGACGAAGACGUGAAGAUGAUCAGUGCUGAAGCACCUGUGCUGUUUGCCAAGGCUGCUCAGAUAUUCAUCACGGAGUUGACGUUACGGGCAUGGAUACACACAGAAGACAACAAACGCAGGACCUUACAGAGAAAUGACAUUGCCAUGGCCAUUACCAAGUUUGAUCAAUUUGACUUUCUCAUCGACAUCGUUCCAAGGGAUGAGCUUAAACCUCCCAAACGCCAGGAGGAGGUGCGCCAGGCCGUGACUCCAGCAGAACCCGUCCAGUACUACUUCACGCUUGCGCAGCAGCCUGCCGCCGUCCAGGUCCAGGGGCAGCAGCAAGGGCAGCAGACGACCACCUCCACGACCACCAUCCAGCCCGGGCAGAUCAUAAUCGCGCAGCCUCAGCAGGGGCAGACCACCCCUGUGACCAUGCAGGUGGGCGAGGGCCAGCAGGUGCAGAUUGUCCAGGCGCAGCCGCAAGGGCAGACGCAGCCGGCGCAGAGCGGGACCGGGCAGACCAUGCAAGUGAUGCAGCAGAUCAUCACCAACACAGGCGAAAUCCAGCAAAUACCAGUUCAGCUCAACGCCGGCCAGUUACAGUAUAUCCGUUUGGCUCAGCCCGUGUCGGGCACUCAAGUGGUCCAGGGACAGAUUCAGACGCUCACAGCCAACACGCAGCAGAUUGCACAGGCAGAGGUUCAACAGGGGCAGCAGCAAUUCAGCCAGUUCACUGACGGACAGCAGUUGUACCAGAUCCAGCAAGUGACCAUGCCUGCUGGCCAGGACAUCACUCAGCCCAUGUUCAUCCAAUCCACCAAUCAGACGACGGAUGGACAGGCCCCCCAGGUCACGGCGGACUGAGCCGGCCCGGC